AUGAACCUCGCCCUCACCCAGUCCAUGAUGCCCCCGAGGCAGCUGGAAGGGCGGAGGGGACGGUGGCCCUCACCGCGCAGGGCCUCCGCCCUCUUCCGCUUCCCUGGCGGCGGCGGUUCCCAAGCCCGGAGUCACCGCGGCUCAGACUCCACUGACGCUGUGCCCUGGAGGCCUCGCACCCCUCAGCCAGGGCCUGCUGCCUUCAGACACCGCCCUGCCCACCAGGGCCCGGUCAGCCUCGCCUCCGCCUCCGUGGACUUAGACAGUUGGGCCCUUGGGAAUUGCACCUGCCCUGCCCGGGGACCCCCUUUCCCCAUCAGUGACCACGGUGGGGAGCAGUCCCCAGCCCAGCCCUGCCCCUGUGUACCCCCAACAGACAUCCCACCCUCCUCCUGGUCUCUAGGCCCAACCUCAGCUGCCCCGUCAUCCCCGCCAGGUGCUGCAGGGCAGAGGGGGGCACAGUGCCAAGGCUUCAUUACAGCUAAUGAGGGCUCGGCUCUGCAGAUGCCGGUGCAAGAUACGGGAGAGGACCCGGACCGCCUGCAGCCCCAUCAGGACCUCGGGCCCUCAGCUCCCUCCUCCCCGUCUCUGGAGGGGGAACCAGGGCCACAUCCUCGGAAGAGGUUUGGCUCAGGCACCCCUGGCGCAGAUAACACAGUAAUGCACUUCUCAGCUGCCUUCCCAAGACUCCAGUCCCGGCUACUUCCACAGGCUUAGAUGAUUGAAUUCUGUGGUUUUUCCAUACACUGUCAGUCAUUCAGUCAGUCAACAAACAGCACUGCUCUGGCCAGGCUCUGUGGGUACCAAGAUAAACAGGACACCUCUGGGCCUGCCUGGAAUGAGGUCAAGAGCAAGGUCAACUCCUUAGCUCUGCCACCAGCUGUGUGCCAUGAGGAAGCCAUGUAAUCUUUUUGUGCCAAUUUCUUUGUCUGGAUGAUGAUAAUGUACCUACCUAGAGUGGUAAGCACUUUGGAAGUAGUUGCUAUUAUUUUUCUUGCCCUCAGAUAAUGCCAGUCUGGUUGGGGAGACUGACUUGUAGACCGACGGUCACAAUGCCAGGGGCAGAGCUAGGCACGGUGCACCCUGGGAGGCCAGGGGAGGGGCUGCUCCCUGGCCUGCACUUCACAAACAUUUAUGGAGAAUCGCUCUGUGCCAGGCACUGUGCUGGCCACUGGGGACACGGAGAUGAACGGGACACAUUGUCCACUCAUCCUUGCUCCUCUCCGCCCUCCCUUCUCCCUCCUGGGCCUGGUCCCAGAACCUGGCACCGAGGGGGACACUAAGGACAGAACCAACUGUGCAUGGAAAGGCAUGGCCUGGGGGCCGGGCAAUCAGAACACCUGGGUUCAUGUCCACCACUCACAGGCCACCUGACAUUGGGCACUCUCUGACCUCAGUUUCCCCACUGGAGCAGGAGGGAGUUGGACAAGAAGACCCCUCUGGUCCUGACCCACACUGACAGCUGAUGACGAUGCUCCACCCCCAGAGGGCCCCAAAGUCCAGUCCCAAGGCCACCCCAGCCUGCUGUCCCACCGAGGCAGUGGGGAGAAGAUGCCUGCCUGGCACUAACUGGCACUGCCCUGCUGAUGAGCUGGCACAAUUUCACGUGGAACAGGGGCCUGGAUCUAAAGGCGGGUUGUUGGAAGGGGUGGGGGUGCUAGGGGCAAGGCAGCGCCAGCUCCCACAGGCCCUAUUCAUGGCUCUCUCUCUGGGGAGGGAGAGAGAGCAGGAUAAUUAAGCCCAGGCUUUAUCCAAAUCCCUGACCAAGCCAAUAUCUCACCUUUGAACCAGCAGACCAGGGCUGAUGUCCCUUUGGAAGGAAAACACCAAUGAACCGAACCAUGACCAAGUGCUAUGGGCUGGCAUGGGGUCUGGGGGUUGGAGGGGUAAAUGAGCUGAUUCCCCACCCACCAACCAUGGACACCUGAGGCCUCGCCACCCUGAGGCCUCUUGUGCCCAUCCCUGUCCCAACUGAAAGAAAAACCACCAAGCUCCAAUCUAGCAAGAGGUUGACCUUGAUCUUGGGCUGUGUCCAAGAUGGACCCAGCUUUGGGAUGCGAAUGACAGCAGGACCAGGCAGGUCCUGAGACGAGGGAUAGCAGGGUGAGAGGAUGGACUCCAGCCGGAUUGCCGGGACCCUACCCCGGCUCUGCCACUUAGUGAUGUGAUUUUGUUCAAGCUGUUAGCUCUGUGUGCCUCAGUGCCCUCAACUGUAAAAUGGGAAUGAUGGUACCCACACCUCAUGGUUGUGUUGUGAAAAUUAAAUGAGGUCAUUUAUA